AUGGGGAGGUCGGGGUUGAUGGCGACUGCGUCCGGUGCUUUGGAAAUGCAAAGCCAGCAAAAACAGCAGUGCUUUUGCUGCUUCGAUAGAAAAACCAGCAUUAGACCAAAGAAGAGGACUAGCUUGGUAUGUGCUGCUGCAAAGGGCCCGAUUGGGGAUGUUUGGAAAGAAGUAGUAGACCCAGCAUCAGGCAAGGUAUAUUAUUGGAACACGGCAACUAACCAGACUUCGUGGUCGCCACCAGAUGGCGGGGAAGCAUCGAACAAGACUGAUGUUAGCAGUAGCUCACCAACGUCCAGCGUUCUCUCCGAUGCUGCACUUUUAGAGAAGCUCAUUACAGCGGACGUGACAAGGUUUGGAGCCGAAUGUGAACCACACCGAACUCGGCUAUUCGAGGAUGAGGAUUUCGGCAACUAUUUGAACACUUUGAUUCAAGACACUGAAGACUCUGGCUACAGGGAAAAGCUUGAGAAACUUCGUGCACGCUUAGCGAACCCGCUUUUGAAGAACCCGCAACCAUUUGACGACAAUACAUUAGAGGUCAAUUUCUGAAGCUUGUACGGUAGUUUGAACACUGUGCUGCUCAGGUUGUCAGAUCAGUUAGGGAGCGAAUUCAGAACGCUUCGAUAGGAUCCAAACCAUGCUAGGUCGCACAGUCGGACCUGCUGUAAUCGAGUCUCCUGUAUCAGGGAGCAUCUGAUCAUCUCUUGUACAUAGCCAAGGACGGGUUGCUCGAUUUAGGAUGGAUGAUACUUGUGCUCAUGACCAUCUAUGAAGGUGUGCGCCCGAAAAGCUGCCACAACAUGUUGAGGCACG